GCCCUCCUUAUAAAAAGUCCACGUUAACUGUCAUUGGCAGAAUACAACUGUAGAAAAUUGGAAACGGAAUCCACGCGGAGAGAUACAAGAAGUCCCAAACGAAUCAGACAGUCUCUCUUUCCCUUCAUUUGCUAACCUAAAAAGAGGAAAACAGACGAUGGCUGCACCACCAGCAAGGGCUCGUGCUGAUUAUGAUUACUUGAUUAAGCUUCUCUUGAUUGGUGACAGCGGCGUGGGGAAGAGUUGUCUGCUUUUGCGUUUUUCUGAUGGUUCCUUCACAACCAGUUUCAUUACCACCAUUGGCAUUGAUUUUAAGAUAAGAACCAUCGAGCUUGAUGGUAGACGGAUUAAAUUGCAAAUUUGGGAUACAGCAGGCCAGGAGCGUUUCCGAACUAUCACAACAGCUUAUUACCGAGGAGCCAUGGGGAUUUUGCUCGUGUAUGAUGUUACUGAUGAAUCAUCUUUCAAUAAUAUUAGGAACUGGAUUCGCAACAUUGAACAACAUGCUUCUGACAAUGUCAACAAGAUACUGGUGGGAAACAAAGCAGACAUGGAUGAAAGCAAAAGGGCUGUGCCCACUUCCAAGGGCCAAGCUCUUGCUGAUGAGUAUGGGAUCAAGUUCUUUGAAACUAGUGCCAAGACAAAUUUGAACGUGGAGGAGGUCUUCUUUUCAAUUGCGAGGGAUAUCAAGCAAAGGAUCUCAGAAACUGAUUCCAGGGCAGAGCCUCAAACAAUCAGGAUUAACCAACCAGAUCAAGCAGCAAAUGGUGGCCAAGCUGCCCAAAAGUCAGCUUGCUGUGGAUCAUAAAUGGAGAAUCAAGAUAUGAACCAAGGGUGAAGGUUAUGCAAGUGGCACCCAUUGCGGUGUCAGACUAAUGCUGAUGACGUUGUGCUGGGUACAUGUAUUUGUGUCCUGUUAUUUUUCUAGAAUACCAACGUUAGUGUGCUUAAAGCAGUAUUUAUUCUCUCAACAUGUGGAAUUUAUAAUAUAUCACUCCUUUUCCCUUCCUGUCGUUUUGGGGCUUCAACUCGAUGACUGACUUGAUGUAGAUGGAUAAUUCAAAUUUAGCUCUUUUCUCCUAUAAGAUGCCUGGUGUUCUCUUA